AGAUUGACCCACCUACCACACUUUCCACAAUAGAGAUGGAUCAUAAGAAAGUUCUCUCUGAAUCCAUCAAUAAUCUCACCCAAUACAUACCGAUCAUCCAGAAUCCCGAUGGCUCAAUCACUCGAUUAGAACAAGUAACCAUCUCCAUCCCAGCCGAUCCUAAUUCUUCCUCAGCCGUUCUCACCAAAGACGUAACCUUUAAUACUCAAAACAACACAUCGAUUCGACUAUACCUACCUCGCAAUGCUCAUGAUUCUUCAUUUUCUAAACCACCCACAAAGCUGCCCUUAAUUGUCUACUUCCAUGGCGGCGGCUUCAUCAUCUGCAAACCCGGUUUCACUUACUUCCACAAUCUCUGCUACGAAAUGGCAUCUCGGCUAGGUAUCAUGAUCGCCUCCGUUGACUACCGCCUCGCGCCGGAGCAUCGUCUCCCAUCAGCCUACGAUGAUGCCAUGGACGCCUUACACUGGAUCAAGUCUCUCCAAGACGACUGGCUUCGAGAUUUCGUAGAUCUGUCAAAUUGUUUCCUAAUGGGAGAUAGCGCUGGGGGGAAUAUAGCAUAUAACGCUGGUCUACGUGCAGCCGCAGAAGUUGAUGAUCUUGUGCCGUUGAUGAUUAGAGGUUUGAUAUUGCAUCAGCCGUUCUUGGGUGGUGUUGAAAGGACUGUAUCGGAAUUGAGAGGAGUUGAUGAUCGGAUUCUUCCGCUAUUAGCGACGGAUAUCUUGUGGGACUUGGCGUUGCCGAUUGGGUGUGACCGUGACCAUGUUUAUUCAAAUCCAACUGUGGAUGGGGAAAUAUUGACGAUGUGUGCAUUAGGAAUGAAGUCGGUUGGGUGGAGGGUUUUAGUUACUGGUUGUGAUGGUGACCCGCUGAUUGAUCGUCAGAUGGAGCUGGCUGAGAAACUGAAGAUGAAUGGGGUAGAUGUGGAGAUCUGGAGGAGAAAAGAUGGUUAUCAUGGUGUUGAUUUCAUUGAACCUGAUAAAGUUGAGUCCUUAUUCCCCAUUUUAAAAUCGUUCAUCAAAUUGUAAGUCUGUAAACAGUAUGAAAUAAAAUAAUUAUUA